AUGAACAAGAGCUUCUCUAGUACCAAGGUAGUUGGGCAUGAACUGAAGAUAAAAUUGAGGCAACGAAGAUCAGUGGACUGGAGGAAUUUUGGUGCUGUUGCUGAAGCAAAACAACAAGAAGGUUGCGGUAAGCCUGUUUAUCACGUUCGUAAGUUGUAUCUUGCUUCUAUCAUGUGUUAUGGAAUUUUUGUUAUAGCAUUGUUGAUCUUAUAUUGUAGAACACAUGUUUUUAAUUAUGAUUUGCGAUAGUCCCUGUCUAGUUCCUAAAAAAAUGAAUUAAACAUAAGGUAACUUGGUGAGAACUGGGGACGUAGCUCAAAAUAGUGUUUUCAAUUUUCAUGAUAUUUCUAGAAGCAUAAUUUUUAUGCAAAAAUGGAUGUUUUUGCUUUAUCAGAUGACAAUGUUUGUUGGGAUAUGAUAAAAUGCAUAAAACCCAUAGUGGAUAUAAAUAGGUGAUUUCCCUGAUGCUUAUUUUAUUUAAUCGAUUGAACAUGAAAAAUCCUUGGGAGUUUUAAUUAAUUAAAUGAUUCAGAUCAUUUAUCAGACUUGUUACCUACUUCAAAGAGUGGAUUCAAAAUGUAUUAUGUGUAUUGGUGAAUCAAUUGAUGUAGCUAAGUGUCUUUGUCUAUAUAACUCAUUUAUCACUGUGAACCAAUUGGUGAAUCACGAACUGCUGUACAAAUAAUCUAAUUUUUCUUGUGAGAGAAAUUAUAAUACAUAUUUGUAACCUUUUGUAACUUUGAAGGAGCUUUUUGGGCUUUCGCUGCAGUAACUAGUGUAGAAGCAAUAAAUGCACUAGUAACAGGAAACCUCAUUACACUUUCGGAACAAGAAUUGAUUGAUUGUGAGGAAUAUGGAUCUAAAUGCAGUGCCGGUUAUAUUGAUGAAACCUACGAUUACAUGCUAAGGCAUGGUGGUAUUGACACCGAUACCAAUUAUCCGUUUAAAGGACACCCAGGAAAAUGCAAGCAAAAUAGAGUAAGCUUACUUCCCUUGUUUUCUGUACUUUUCAAUUCAUGAGAAAUAUUCUUUGCUCUGACUAUUUGCUUGAAGAACCGAGUAGUUAGCAUCAGUAGUUAUCGAACAGUUGUACGCAACAACGAGUGGAUUCUGAAAUCAGCAGUCAAUAGACAGCCUAUUACUUCUUUUAUCGAUGCCAGUUCAAACGACUUUCAAUAUUAUACUGGGGUAUGACAAAUGCACUCAUAUUCAGGGUUGCUUUUGUUAGUGAGCUUUACAAACUUGAUGUACUACGAGUUUUUGAGGACCGGUUUCAAAAUAUUAAAGGAAUCUUUGAUUUGAGAAAUACCUAAUGUUUUUAUUUUAUUAUUUUCCUUAGAGACAUGAGAUGUUUUAAACAUACCAAGUCUAGUGCCUCAAUAUCACUAAAACACGGGAUUAAUGAUAUAUCAUACACAUAGUCAAUCCUUCCUUCCCUCAAAUAUGAAAUAUUUUAAAUCUAUUUUGUUGCUUGUAAUCUAUUAUGGUUAUAAUAAAUAAAAAAAUCCUUCACGCUGAGGAUUUGUUAAAGCUAGCCCACAUCAUCUUGAGAAUAAUGCCUUUGAAGGUGUCUGAAAAGUUUUCUAUAUUUGCAGCCAACGAUCUUUUCAUGUAAAAAAUGAAGCCUUCUCUAUUUUCAGGGUGUUUUUGAAGGUUUCUGUCACACCAACUUGAACCAUGUAGUAACAAUCGUGGGCUAUGGUGAGGGAGAGGGGAAGGAUUUUUGGUUGAUAAAAAAUUCAUAUGGAAGCAAUUGGGGAGAAGGAGGAUAUAUGAAGUUAAGGCGCAAUGUUCAAGAAUCAAGUGGAAGUGUGGGAUUGCAAUGCCAGAAUAUUAUCCAACAAUGGGGCGAAAUCCAAAAGCGAAGAUUUCUGAUCAAUAAUGCGUGGAAGUGCGCUUUUUACUAUAUGAUAAAGUGGGAUGAGACUUUAUUGCAUACGUGUGCUCCACGAACUAUAAACAAUUUUAAGAAAUAA